CAACCCGCUUUAUAAAUUGAACCCUGGUUAAGAGUCUAUAACUUUUUAACCUGUGGGACCCUUUGGCCUCGGUAGAGCUGCUUCAGGUGUGUUCUGGUCUGUACUGGACUCAGUCUUCACACAACCUGAACCAGUCAUAGUCUGAAAUCUCUUGAGUCUCCUGGUUCUGUCUGUGUAAAGUUUGCAGGACCGUGACGUCACUGCAGCAGCUGUGUCACAGACCUGGUUCAGGCCUGAGACAGGUCUUGGAUGAACCUCCGUGUCUUGAGUUUCCUGUCAGAGACCAGACCAGGUCUCUGAGCUCCGGGAGCUCCGGGUCGUGACGGAGGAGGAGGAGACGCCGGAAAACACGACUCCCACUGCGGGAGGGAGGGGGAGGGGCGGCUCCUGGGCCCUGCAGGUCCCUGGGGUGCUUCUUCCUGGGACCCCCGGUCUGUCUGGGCUUAAUGGCACUGCCGUUAUUAAUAGGGUUUCCAUGGGAACGACGCGUCACGACACACAGAGGGGGGACGCAGGUCGGUAUAAAAGAGGCGGCGGGACACAGCGGAGGAGAACUCUGAAGCUACGGACACCCGCGCGGAACUCUCCGGACCCCCGUCUGUCUGCUGCCCGGAAAACCCGCUGCUACCCGCACGAGAUAUGCUUAACGAGGCUGCACGUCACCUAGACAACUUCAACAGUGAUCCAGAUCAACUCAUCAGAAUGACUCAGAGAACAACUCCGUAUCAGAUCAGCCUCAGUGACGGUCGCGGUCCCCGGGUCGUACGGCGGAUCUUCACCAACAGUCGGGAGCGUUGGCGGCAGCAGAACGUUAACGGAGCAUUCGCUGAGCUGCGGCGGCUCAUCCCCACCCACCCCCCCGACAGGAAGCUCAGUAAGAACGAGAUUCUGCGCCUCGCCCUCAGGUACAUCAACUUCCUGGACCGAAUGCUGACGGACCAGGACCUCAGGGGGGUCCCACGGGUCCGAGCGGACAGCGUGGAGGAGGGGUCACCAAACUCCAGCUGUGACAGUUGGGUGGAGGGAGAUUCGGACGGUCUGACAGAGGACCAGGACUGUGGAGGUCUGGGUCACCUGCAGUACUUCCACCUGGCGAACAGCUACAGCUGAUCAGAUCCAGCAGAAACCAGGAUGUAGAGUCAGACUGAUCCUCCAUGUUGACUCCAGAGGAGUCGAAUCACCACGACCUGUGGUCCUUUAAACACACCUCACUGUCUGACCCGAGGCUGAAGAGUCUGUGUGAUAUUCACAUUAUUAUCCUUAUUAAUGAUUGAUUAUUGAUUGAUUAGACAUUUUUAAUUGUGUCUCUGUGUUCAGUUAGAAACAGAUGACUCUGUAACACUUAGUUCCUUUAAUGUUAAAGGAACCUUGAUUUUAUUGUUUAAAAUCUUUGUUGUUUGAUGUUUGUUGUGAUGUUGAGUAGAAAUGUUGAUUAUUUUUAUCUGUAAGAAAAGGGAUGAAUAAAAAGCCAAA